CUCUCUCUCUCUCCCAUUCACGCCAAAAAUCCCUCCACUCCAGAGUUUGUUUCCGUCAGAACUCUCUCUCUCUCUCUCUCUCUCAUUGUUUUCAUCUGCUUUACUUCAUUUGUAGUCUCUCAAUCUUCUGGGUACAUUUGAAACUUCUCUAUCUCUCUGUUUUCCCCAACUCAUGUCAUGUAAACUCUAGCCUAUACAAAAACCUCUUUCUGAGUAGUUGAGCCGUUUGUGUCCCAAAAGGGUCUUUUUCCACAUAAUGUAAGAUUAAGAGUAUGUUUGUCUUUGUUUAAUUAAUGCCCAUUUGUUCUUAACUGAUCUGAAACCAUUCCCACUCAGAUUUCAAUCAUGGGUUUUCGCUAAUUUCUGUGUCUUCAAUCUGUAGACCUUGUAAUUGUCAUCCUGGCCAAACAUUUCUGCACAUUUCUUGUAGUUUUUGAGGUUUUGCUUGUUUUCUGAUGACACCCAUUUGUCUAGACUUGUUCUGAAGCAAAUUUAAUCCUCUUUGGGAUAAUGGGUCUUCGCUAAUUUCUUUGUAUACUUGGUUUCUGAACCUUAAUUUCUUAAACUUUGUGGAAUUUUUGGCAUAUAAAUUCAAACCAUGUAACUUGUCUUUAGGCUUCUUCUACAUUUUUAUUUUGUUGGAGUGAUUUUGGUGAGAAUUAGUUCAUGAGCUGUAGGGGUGAUGGAUCUGAUCUUUUUUGAAGUCAACCUCUUGUUGAGAUCUAUGCAGAUGGAGAGUGCCUGUUUAUUCCCUUAAUCUUCAGAGUCUUAAUUUAUCAAUGAGUUUAGUUAGUAUCAUUUGAUUUUCCAAUAGAUAUGGAAGUCAAGUAGUCAAAAAACUUGGCAGGGAAUCAAGUUUUUCUUGAUUUACAUUGAUAACUAACUGAUUAUUUUGUUAUUCUUAGUAGUAUAGCAAAUAAUUCCUUAUAAAUUCAUUGAAAUGUAAAUUUGCUAAUUGUAUACUUAUCAAUUCAUGGACCUCAUUAGGGGUACAUUUCUUUUUUCAAGCCUUGCUUCUGAAAUAGAUUGAUACCAAUUAUUCCUUGUCUUUCUGCCCAUGCUUCUUAUGUUUGCUUAUAAAAAUCUAGUUAUCGUAAUAAUUGGCAUCUCCAGUCACUUGAAUCUUCAACUGAGUUUAGUGUCAUCCGUGUCAGCAUCAUCUUGUCCCUUUAGUUGUUUGUCAAAGGAAAAGGAAAAAGAAAAAAUCAAAAUUCCUCCUUGUUUGCAUAAUUUCAAGUUAUCAUGGAAGAAACAUUUGUUCCCUUUCGUGGAAUCAAGAAUGAUCUCAAAGGAAGACUGUUGUGCUACAAGCAAGAUUGGGCUGGCGGACUCCGUGCUGGUAUCAGGAUCCUAGCUCCAACAACAUAUAUAUUUUUUGCUUCAGCGAUUCCGGUAAUAUCUUUCGGGGAGCAACUAGAAAGAAAUACAGGGGGAACUUUAACUGCAGUUCAAACUCUUGCAUCGACAUCGCUUUGCGGAAUCAUUCACUCUAUCAUUGGGGGACAACCACUUCUUAUACUAGGGGUGGCCGAGCCAACCGUAUUGAUGUACACAUUUAUGUUCAACUUUGUGAAGGAUCGAAAGGAUUUGGGGCCAAAACUCUUCUUAGCCUGGACGGGAUGGGUAUGUGUGUGGACAGCCCUUCUGCUUUUCAUGCUGGCAAUUUUGGGUGCAUGCUCCAUAAUCAAUAGAUUUACACGUGUGGCUGGUGAAUUGUUUGGCCUUCUAAUUGCAAUGCUCUUUAUGCAGCAGGCUAUUCGGGGACUGGUGGAGGAGUUUGGGAAACCCCAGAGAGAAAAUCCUGAUCAGCUUGCACUUCAACCUUCUUGGCGCUUUGGAAAUGGAAUGUUUGCAUUGGUUCUAUCUUUUGGCCUUCUUUUUACUGCAUUGAGUAGCCGAAAAGCUAGGUCCUGGCGCUAUGGGACAGGUUGGCUACGGGGAUUUAUUGCUGAUUAUGGUGUCCCUCUUAUGGUGCUUGUCUGGACUGCUAUAUCUUAUAUACCAAGUAAUGAUGUCCCAAAAGGAAUACCAAGGCGGCUUUUCAGUCCAAAUCCGUGGUCUCCUGGUGCAUACUCAAAUUGGACUGUUAUCAAGCAAAUGUUGAGUGUGCCCCCACUGUAUAUUGUUGGAGCAUUUAUUCCAGCAACUAUGAUUGCGGUGCUUUAUUACUUUGAUCACAGUGUUGCAUCUCAACUUGCCCAACAAAAGGAGUUCAAUCUGAAGAAACCAGCUUCAUAUCAUUAUGACCUUCUUCUUUUGGGCUUCUUGGUCAUAUUAUGUGGUCUUAUCGGUAUUCCUCCUUCCAAUGGAGUUAUUCCCCAAUCACCAAUGCAUACAAAAAGUUUAGCCACCCUUAAACAUCAGCUUCUACGGAACAAGCUUGUAUCGGCAGCAAGAAGAAGUAUGAGUAAAAAUUCAAACCUGGGUCAAUUGUACCAGAACAUGCAAGAAGCAUACAAUGAAAUGCAGACUCCACUUGUCUAUCAAACACCACCGGGAC